AUCAAGCGCUACUCAGAGUCGAUGUCAAUGCCUGACUCUUUCAUCCAAAACCAGGAGUUGGAUGCCAGCAUGGCUGACACGUUCCUGGAGCACCUGUGUCUGCUGGACAUUAACCAGGAGCCAAUCACAGCCCGCAACACCAGCAUCAUCUGCACCAUCGGUCCAGCGUCUCGAUCCAUCCCCAAGCUCCAGGAGAUGGUCAAGGCAGGAAUGAACAUCGCUCGUCUGAACUUCUCUCACGGCUCACACGAAUUCCACAGUGAAACCAUCAAGAAUAUCCGUGAGGCGGUGGAGUCGAUAACCUCUGACCCCUUGUAUUAUCGGUCGGUUGCCAUUGCCUUGGAUACCAAAGGCCCAGAGAUCCGCACUGGAUUGGUGAAAGGGAAGGUCGAAGAGGAAGUGGAGCUGGAGAAGGGCAGUCAUGUACGUGUGGUGACAGCAGAGAGCGAGAAAGACAAGACAGAUGGGAAGAUUGUCUGGGUGGACUAUCCCAACCUGCCCAAAGUCGUCAAUAAGGGAGGCAUGAUCUACAUUGAUGAUGGCCUCAUCGGACUGAAAGUACUAGAAAUAGGCUCUGACUGGGUGGACACGAUGGUGGAGGCCAGUGGGGUGCUGUGCAGUCGUAAGGGUGUCAACCUGCCUGGCUGCAACCUGAGUGGCCUGUCAGCCGUCAGUGAGCAGGACGAGAAGGACCUGAGGUUUGGGGUGGCCCAGGGGGUGGACAUGAUAUUCGCCAGCUUCAUCCGCUCUGCACAGGAUGUCAAGCAAGUGCGGCGAGCGCUGGGGCCGCAUGGGCGAGACAUCAAAAUUGUCAGCAAGGUGGAAAGUCGCCAAGGGGUUGAGAAUUUUGACGAGAUCCUGGCCGAGAGUGACGGCGUGAUGGUUGCCAGGGGUGACCUGGGGAUUGAGAUCCCUGCAGAGAAAGUUUUCAUCGCCCAGAAGAUGAUGAUUGGACGUUGUAACUCAGCCGGCAAGCCUGUCAUCUGUGCAACACAGAUGCUCGAGAGCAUGAUGUCCCACCCACGGCCCACCAGAGCAGAGGGUAGCGAUGUCGCCAACGCUGUGCUGGAUGGAGCCGACUGUGUAAUGUUAUCUGGAGAGACCGCCAAAGGACAGUUUCCUGUGGAGGCUGUCGCUAUGAUGCACUCGAUCUGCAGGGAGGCGGAGGCGGCCAUUUUCCACCAGCAGCUGUUUGAGGAGUUGCGGCGUCUGACUCCUCUGUCCUCAGACCCCACAGAGGUCACAGCCAUCGGAGCUGUGGAGUCCUCCUUCAAAUGUUGUGCUGGAGCCAUCAUAGUCCUCACCACCACUGGCAGGUCAGCCCAUCUCCUGUCCAGGUACCGCCCUCGCUGUCCAAUCAUUGCGGUAACCAGAAGCCCUCAGGUGGCCCGUCAGUCCCAGCUGCUGAGAGGGGUUUUCCCUGUCCUCUACCACCCGCUGCCUGCUCCUGUGUGGGCCGACGAUGUAGACAACAGGGUCAACUAUGGCAUGGAGAUAGGAAAGGUGAGAGGAUUCUUCAAGCCAGGUGACAUGGUGAUUGUGGUGACCGGAUGGAUCCCAAGCUCAGGUCACACCAACAUUAUGCGGGCAGUCAAUGUGCCUGAACGCCCUGACCUUAUUGGACAAUAAAUCUGACGGCAAACUGACCUUCCAGUGCAAGAACAUCCGAAAUCUGUGGCUCCCCUAACUUGGGCCAUCGUGCUCCAAGAGUACACAGGUUUUCAUUCCACCCAAGCGCUGCUGAUCCCACCUCCUGAAUCAGCUGGUGUAGUAUUUGGUGAAUGAAAGCCUGCAAACCUGUGCCUUAAAUGAAACACAUAACCAUAUCUCAAGUAUGUUAAUAUGGCACCGGCAACUUUUAUUGUUGUCAUUUACUUGGAUGCAGGAGUACAGUGAUUGUCU